UUCGAAUUUUAAAAAAUAUAAAAACCUUUUGAAAUUUAAAAAUAAAUAAAUAAUUAUAAUAAUUAAAUCUCGUAUAAAAUUAAAUCGCGUUUCACGUUCAUAAAUGCAAGAGGAAUAUUAUGAAGCUCGUAAAUGAAGGUUUUUUUACUUCUAAGAGUAAAAAAAAGAAAAUGUAAAUUAUGAAAAAUAUUAAGGAUCUAGUUCAUUCCAUACCUUUAUUUAAAGUCGAAGAAAACCCCGAGGUUGCCAGGAAUAAUAAUGUUCCUUUGAACGGAAAUCCUAAGAAAGAUAAUUCCGACGAUCAUGACAAAGAUGACAUUGCUUCUAAAAAUAUGAAAAAGCCGGAUCCUGCAGAUUUAGUUAGGUUACAGUCAUUCUCCGCGGAUAUAGUUAGGUUACAGUCAUUCUCGGAUGACACCGAAAUAUACGAAAGACCCUAUUCCAAUUACGGCACAUCCAAUUAUGACAAAGAUAAGACUGAUAUUUCCUCAACAGAUUCGCCUGAAAAAGGAAACGAAUCGCCCACGUCUUCAUCUCCGGGCUCUGCAAUAUCGCCUUCUAAUAAUCUAUCGCUUACCAAAAUCUCACAUACUAUCACGCCCUUAGAAGAUAAGCACGAAAAAAAUAUUUUAAAUGACCUAAAGAUAUCUAUGAGUAAAAUCGUGGACCAAGUUAUCACAACGGAAAAAGAACCUCUCCCCCACCCUAUGCACCUCACAAAUUCAGGAAUAUUUAAAAUUUGUACUAGCAAAACACAUUUUCGAAGUAUAGAAAAAAAGGCUGAAGACGAAGAAGACGUAACAUUCGGUGGUUUAGAAGGGUUUGACAAACUUGACAUGUCUAAGGACCCGUGGCACCAAUACUUUAAAUUUUUAUUUUGUCAUUUUGGUAUUCUUUGUUUGCUGGUUAGCUAUACGAUAGCUGGAGCAUUUGUAUUCGUCGCUUUAGAACACCCUUACGAAAGAGAUGUUAAAUUUAAUAGCAGACUCAAAAUAUUGGAAAAGGAGAAAGAGAUUUACGAAUUAUUCAGGAAGAGUAACCUUAUUUCAAGCACAUCAACAUUGAAAGAAACAAAAUUAGGUUCCACUGCUUCAAGUUUUGUUGAUACUUAUGACCCUAAUCUUUCGCAAAAACGAAUAGGUAAUGGUUUUAAUAAAGAUUACGAAUCCAAGCCUGAUUAUCAUAACUCCAAAAAGUUUAAGAGGCAGGUUAAAAAGAAUGACACUAAAUUUGUCGUGAGAACGAGAAAUCCCUUUGAUAAUACAUUAAUAUCCGCACUCGAUGAUUGGGCUCUGAACGAUUCUAUCAAAAAAAUAAACAUUUCAACUAAAUUGACGGAAUAUGCCACUUUGCUAUUGAAUAAUGCCAAACAUUUUGAAAUACAAAAUCACAUAAUAGUUAUGAAACCCUUUCAAUGGACACUUACCAAGGCCAUGUUUUUCUCAGCCACUGUGAUAAGUACCAUAGGUUAUGGAAAUAUAACCCCAGAAACUUUGUAUGGCCGAAUAUUUUGCAUGAUCUACGCAGUAUUCGGUAUCCCUCUUCUUCUACUAGUCGUCGCCGAUUUGGGUACCCUGUUUGCUAAACUAAUCCACUUUUUAUGGGUAAAGUUCUCAUCGACAGUCGAAAAAAAUGCCGUAAGUGUCCUGCGUAUGGGUAACAAUGAAUUGCGGAAAAUCACCAAGAGGAUAAAGGUACCCAAAAGGAAUCUCAAAUUACCGAUAUACGCUGCCUUGUUGUUAAUGGGACUAUAUAUGGCUGCCGGAGCUGGUUCCUUUUUGUUGUGGGAAGAUUGGACCUUUUUCGACUCAUUUUAUUUCGUUUUUAUCACCAUGACAACCAUAGGAUUUGGAGAUAUAGUUCCAGUGCACACAAAUUAUUUGCUCCUCAUGAUGGUAUAUAUCUUGGUAGGGUUAGCCACUAUGACUACCUGUGUCGAAUUAGUCAUACAUACAUACCUAGACAAGUUGAAAGAGCUAAGAAAUCGGGUAAAAUUCGUGACCGAAAAGACCGAAGAGACACUGAGAAACGAAACGCUAAAAAAAUAUUUGCAAAACCCAGAAAUUAUGAAUCGAGUUAAAAAGAUAAAGCUCAACAAGGCUAAGAAGGAAAGAAAGAAGACAAGAGUAGAUUCCCAGACACCGGAACCCACCCCAUCCCCUGAAAUCAUGAUGGAUAAUGUGUAAAAUGUGGGGAAUUUUAAAUGUAAAAUUGUUAUUAUAGCUAAAAACUGUAUUUUCAUCUCAUGAAUACAUUGAUUAUGCUAAAUAUAAUAAAAG